GCAGUCGUCCGAGAAGCCGAGGUGUCUUCCUGGAACUGCGCACAGGACCGACUGGACGCCCUCAGGAGGGACGAGGAUAUGGAUCAAUUGAGGCAGAUCAUCUCCUUAGGCCAGCUUAUCUACAACCAGUGUGAAGAGAUGAAAUACUGCCAGAAACAGUGCUGGCGUCUAAGGAACCAUGAUGGCCUGCUGCAGCCUCUGCAAAUGCUCCAGGCCCAAGGAGAGAGGAACCUGCCCACCGAGAAAACCACUGCCCUGAAACGUUUCCAGGCUGCCCUAGAGGAAGCUAAGGAGCGGAUAGAUAAGUUCAGCAAUAAAUCCAAUAUCCAGAAGUUUCUAACAGCAGGGCAUGACAGAAUACUCUUCAGUGGAGUGAACAAGAGGCUGAGAGAUGUCUGGGAGGAGUUCUCACUGCUGCUUCAGGUGGAUCAACGGAUGCAUAUUUCAAGCAUCAGCCCAGGAGCAUUCUGGCAACAGGAAGAUCAAUAGGAUGCAGAGGAAGACAGGAAGGUUAUCCAAGGACUGAGAAGUGAAAAUGAAACCAUAGAAACUUUAUUGAGGCACUUGGAAAACAACACAAAGAAAACCGUGGAAACCGUGAGGAGCUGGAUGAGGUCAGUCCCACAGAAACGCAAGAAGGGGCUCCCAGAAGAUCAAGUCAAGGAGAUUAAGAAGGAGGAGCUUCCAGAAGCCGAUUAGAUCCUGCUAAAGGAAAAUUAAUUCAGCACACUUUAUGAAGGAAAAUAGCGCAAAUCUCCAGUGGCCAUAAAAGUAUUCACAAACCCCAGGCCAGAGACAUUGGGUAAGUUACGCGCAGGCUCAGCAACUAUAAUGAGGCAUACUUUCAAUAACGAAAUCAGAACCAUGAAGAAAUUUGAUUCCCCCAACAUCCUGCGUAUGUUUGGGAUUUGCACUGAUGAAACAGUGACCCCACCUCUUAUCGUCAUGGAGUACUGUGAGCUCGGGACCCUGAGGGAACUGCUGGAUCAGGAAAAGGACCUCACCCUUGCCAAGUGCAUCAUCCUGGUCCUGGGGGCAGCCAGAGGCUUAUACAGGCUGCACCAUUCAGAAACACCUGCAGAACUCCACAGAAACAGCAGCAGCACGAGCUUCCUGGUAACUAAAGACUGCAAUGUGAAGCUUGCAGGAUUUGAGUUGAGCAAAACACAGACUUCCAUCAGCUGACCAACUAAAGGAAAAGAAGCAGAGAGAGUCAAUUCUGCUGCAUACAUCUCACCUCAGAGACUGGAAAAUGUGUAUAAUAAAUAUGACAUAAAAGCUGAAAUAUACAGCUUUGGAAUCGUCCUCUGGGAAAUCGCCACUGGGAAAAGCCCAUUUGAAGGCUGUGAUUCCAAGGAGAUCUACCAGCUGGUGGCUGUGGACCGGCACCAGGAGCCAGUGGAUAAAGAUUGCCCUUCACAGUUGCAGGAGAUCAUUGAUGAUUGCUGUGUGUAUGAGCCCUCCAGGAGGCCCUGUGUUAAAGAAAUCUUAGAGAGACUGUCUACUUUUUGUUAAGCCAAGUAUUGAAACUGAAAUUGAGUCCCUGAACAAGGAGCUGGAAGAGCACAAGCUGGGCAUCUUUCUCCCUCAUAUCCUUCAGCAUGGAGUUAUUUGUGGGUGCAGGAAGGCAGCACUUGUCUGUUACAAAUAGAAAACAACUCCAGUAAUACAGAGCCCAUCCCACUCCAAAUGAUAUUGUCAAAAAUACACCUCUGAUGGUAACUCUGAUAGAUGUUUUACAAAAAUAUAUCUCGGGCUUCCCUGGUGGCGCAGUGGUUGGGAGUCUGCCUGCCAAUGCAGGGGACACGGGUUCGA